AUGCCUCCACUCAUUCAGGCUUCCGCACUCUCGAAUUAUUCGUCCAGACUUAUCACCGAAUGCCCUCAGUCAGGGAUGAGGUAUUCCCCCUUUCUCCACCAGACUGAUACUCGUGCCUUCCAACACCUGGCCCAGUCCUCCUCCAACCAAUUCUCUUAUUACUGUGGAGCACGCCUCUGCCCCAUGGACGCAGUCAUUGGGAGUCUGUGUGCUCAGGAAGUCAUCAAGGGAUGCACCGGCAAGUUCACUCCCAUCCACCAGUGGUUCUACUUCGACGCUCUCUCCUGUGUGUCCCACGACAAGGUCGAGUACACCCCCGGCAAUAGAUAUGCUGGCCAGUCCAUCCUUUUUGGCGACCAAGUACAGAACAGACUCAUGUCCCUCAACACUUUCAUCGUCGGCAUGGGCGCCAUUGGCUGUGAACUCCUCAAAAACUUUGCAAUGAUGGGAAUGAGUUGUGGUCCCGGCACUACCUGGGUCAUCGACAUGGAGAGAAUCGAGAGGUCCAACCUCAACAGACAAUUUCUCUUCCGUUCCACCGAUAUGAUGCGCCCUAAAUCGACCACCGCAGCUCGAGCAAUCAAGGAACUGAACAAGGACAUGAACAUCCAGGCAUUGGAGUAUCAAGUCGGCCAUCCUACUGAUUUCUAUUUCAACGACCAGUUCUACGCUCGACUAGACUUGGUCCUCACUGCCCUCGACAGACUUGACGCACGCAAGUUUGUCGAUCUCAAAUGCGUGUACUACCGACUCCCCAUGAUCGACUCGGGCACUCACGGAACAAGGGGGCACUGCCAGCCUGUCAUUCCCCACCUCACCGAGUCAUACUCCUCCAACGACCCCAUCACUCACGACUUUGCCUUCUGCACUGUCCGACACUUCCCCAACUCCAUUGAACAUUGCAUUCAGUUCGCCCUCGACUAUUUCCGCGGGGUCUUCUACAACCAGAUCGAGGCCGCCCACAAAUAUACUCUUUCUCCUCCACUCCUCUGUUCUCAUCCACUUGUCCUCGCUCUCAAGGAUGUCUACCCACUACACGCCUCCUUUGACUGGCCUUCCUGCGUCUCCUGGGCCUUCCGACAGUUCCAUGACCACUUUACCAACAAUAUUUCACAGUUACUCCACAACUUCCCCCCCGAUCACGUAUUCCCCACCCACACAUCCACAGACCACCAUCCACGGACUCCCCUUCUGGGCUCCCCCCAAACGAUGUCCUUCCCCCAUCACCUUCGAUGUCGCCAAUGUACUCUCCUUUCCUCAUCCCAGCCUACUCACAUACAGUAUAUCACUCUCGCCGCACACCUCCGAGCACAGUCCUUGGGAAUAGUCCCUCAGUCCACUCCCGUCGUGGACAUACUCCAGUCACUCACAGUCCCUGUCUUCACUCCCCAGGAGGGACUCGAGAUUGGCGAGGAUGACCAGCAGCCUGUUGACCCGGGGGGAUGA